UUGGGAAGUGGACACGUCAUUAGCUACCUUGCUUCCUUCCGACCUUUAUCGUCUUCUGCCCCCAAACCUCGAGAGAGAGAGAAUAGAGAUCGAAGCAAAGAAUCAUCAUCGAAUUACAACAUUCUGAAAUUCUCACCUUCUUCCGAUCCACAGAUUAUUCCUUCACUGCUCUCUCAGUGUCUAAUAAUCCUUGGAACGCUUCCUCGAUGUCAAACUCAUAGCUCUCGUCAGCGUCACGAUCGUCUCUUUGCAAUCGCGCUCUUAGUAAUCCAUCCCAGAUUCGAUUGCUACCAUUCUCUAUCCCUUUUCCUGAUCCCAGUAUUUAAUUUUCAUCCGCGGCUGAAAACUCCAAACAUUAGGGGAAGAUGAUUCAUUGGGGUGGAGUAACCUGCUGCCUCAGCGCCGCCGCUCUUUAUCUUCUCGGCCGGAGUAGUGGCAGGGACGCUGAAGUACUCAAAACCGUCACUAGGGUUAACCAACUCAAGGAGCUAGCGCAAUUGCUAGAAUUAGAUAGCAGCAAGCUCCUUCCUUUCAUCGUAGCCGUUUCAGGAAGAGUUGGCUCUGACACUCCUAUCAAGUGCGAGCAUAGUGGCAUACGCGGCGUUAUCGUCGAGGAAACGGCGGAACAACAUUUUCUGAAACACAAUGAGACUGGUUCUUGGGUACAAGAUAGUGCACUUAUGCUAUCUAUGAGCAAGGAGGUUCCUUGGUUCCUGGACGAUGGGACAAGUCGUGUGAAUGUAGUGGGAGCUCGUGGUGCAACAGGUUUUGCUUUGACCGUCGGAAGUGAAGUUUUUGAAGAGUCAGGGCGGUCUCUUGUACGGGGAACACUUGAUUAUCUCCAAGGCCUUAAGAUGCUUGGAGUUAAGCGCAUUGAGCGUGUUCUUCCUACUGGAAUGCCUCUCACAAUUGUUGGUGAGGCUGUCAAGGACGAUAUUGGGGACCUAAGGAUUCAGAAACCUGAAAGAGGGCCUUUCUACGUCUCUCCUAAAUCACUCGAUCAGCUCAUUUCUAAUCUGGGGAAAUGGUCAAGGUUGUACAAGUAUGCCUCCAUGGGUUUAACUGUUUUCGGUGUGUUUCUAAUUACAAAGCAUGUCAUUGAUUUUCUUCUAGAGAGAAGACAGCGGCGAGAAAUACAGAAAAGAGUGCUUGAUGCAGCAGCUAAGAGAGCUGGGACUGAAGGUUCAAACGGCGCACAUGAGAGCGUAUCAGAUUCUACCAAGAAUGAAGGCGCUGUUCCUGAUCUCUGUGUGAUCUGCCUUGAGCAGAACUACAAUGCUGUGUUUGUCCCGUGUGGUCAUAUGUGCUGCUGCACCGCAUGCUCCUCCCAUUUGUCCAGCUGUCCACUUUGUCGGAGACGUAUAGAUCAGGUGGUUAAGACAUAUCGUCACUGAGCAAAACUCAACUCAGGGCUCAGAAGCAUUCUCUACUCGAGUUGCCUGUAAAUACUGCAAGAUCAAAACGAUACUAAAUUGGUGUUCGUUAUCCUCUCUUGUUUGCCUUCAAGAACAAUACAUUUGAACUAUAUAAAAACAUAAGGUGUUUGCAGUAAGUUCGAUUUAAUUAA